ACACACACACACACACACACACACACACACACACACACACACACACACACACACACACACACACACACACACACACACACACACACACACACACACUUCUCUCUCCGCGCUCCUCAUUGGCUGUUCAUUGGCGCCUCGGCUUCAGUAGCAGGCGCAUGCAGCGGCGCGCGAGACGUCAGGUGACAGAUGUCAAACGUCUUUAACCGUAUUAGAAACGGAUUUUAACAGCUUUUAACGUGUUCUAACGGUCUCAACGUGUUCCCGCCUAUUUCGACGCUUUUAACGGGUUUGGACGUUUCUUUCCGGAGACUUUACCGGACCCGUUCCUCCGUCUCCACGGAGUUCUGCGCGGUUCGGUUGGUUGGUUCCCUUCAGAUGAGUUCGCGCUGAGCUCCUCUUCCCGCCGACCCUGGGUCGUGCGCGUGUACGUGGCAGGACCCGGGAACAUGCACGUGUACGUGGCCGCCGCCCUGCUGACGGGAGUCCUGGGCUCGAACCUAACGCGGCCGGGGGGCGUGGCUUGUCCUCUGGGCUUCUUCCCCUGUGGAAACCUCAGCCUCUGUCUGCCCCAGCUGCUACACUGCAACGGCCUGGACGACUGUGGCAACCAGGCGGACGAGGAGAACUGUGGAGACAACAAUGGAUGGCCACAUCUCUUCGACAGCUACUUCGGGAUGCCCAACUCCGACCCCGGGACCAGAACCACCACCUGCCUGCUAGGAGGAGUCCCAGAGUCAUGUCAGUGUCGGGGCCUGGAGGUGGACUGUGAUGGGGGCGGACUGCAGAGCGUUCCCUCCGUCGCUGUCAACGUCACCAUGAUGUCUCUCCAGAGGAACCAUUUGGGGAAUCUGAACGGACGCGUCUUCUAUCAGUACCAGAGCCUCCACCGGCUGUAUCUGCAGCACAACGGUAUAGCAGCGGUCGACCCCGAUGCGUUCAGAGGACUCUACAACCUGACACGGCUGUACCUCAGCUUCAACCAGAUCGCCGUUCUGCUCCCCAGGGUCUUCCAGGAUCUGCACAGGCUGGAGUGGUUAAUCCUGGAGAAUAACAAGAUCCAACAGAUCUCCUCCCUCACCUUCACCGGACUGAACUCCCUGGUCCUGCUUGUUCUGCUGAACAACUCUCUGACCCGACUGGAGAACGUCUGCAGAGAAAUGCCUCGACUCAACUGGCUAGACCUGGAGGGAAAUGAGAUCCAGACUAUUGGAAACACCUCCUUCUCCUCCUGCAGCCGGCUGACCGUCCUGGUUCUCCAGAGGAACAGGAUCAGUGUGAUCCAGGACCAGGCCUUCUCCGUACUCCGCCUGCUAGGAGAGCUGGAUCUGUCCAACAACCGGCUGGCCUCCCUCCCUCCUCGUCUCUUCUCCUUCCUGGGGGAUCUUCUCCAACUGAACGUAUCGCAUAACCCUAUCUUCCAGCUCCAGGUGGAUCACUUCGCUGAGCUCCACAAGCUCAAGUCUCUGAGUCUGGAAGGUCUGGAGAUCCCCAACAUCCACCGCAGGAUGUUUGAGCCGCUGCCCCACCUCACCCACAUCUACUUCAAGCGGUUCCAGUACUGCGGCUACGCGCCCCACGUCCGCAGCUGUAAGCCCAACACCGACGGCAUCUCGUCGCUGGAGGACCUGCUUGCCAACGUGAUGCUGAGGGUCUUCGUCUGGGUGGUCUCCGCCGCCACCUGCUGUGGGAACCUCUUCGUCAUCUGCAUGCGCUCCUACAUCCGCUCAGAGAACAAGCUGCACGCCAUGUGCAUCAUCUCCCUUUGCUGUGCUGACGGGCUGAUGGGCGUGUACCUCUUCAUGAUCGGGGCGUAUGACCUGAAGUUCCGGGGCGAGUACAACCGGCACGCCGUGGCCUGGAUGGACAGCGCGGCCUGCCAGGUGGUGGGGGCGCUGGCCAUGCUGAGCACCGAGGUGUCGGUGCUGCUGCUCACCUACCUGACCCUGGAGAAGUACAUCUGCAUCGUGUACCCCUUCCAGUACGUGACCCCGGGCUGGCGCCGCACCGUCAGCAUCCUGCUGGCCGUCUGGGCCCUGGGCCUCCUCAUCGCCUUCCUGCCCCUCGCCGGCAACCGGCUCUUCAGGAACUUCUACGGCACCAACGGGGUCUGCUUCCCCCUGCACUCGGAGCGGCCGGAGACGCCCUGGGCCCACGUCUACUCCAUCGUCAUCUUCCUGGGUCUGAACCUGCUGGCCUUCCUGAUCAUCGUGCUGUCCUACGCCAGCAUGUUCUACAACAUCCAGACGACGGGCACGCAGACGCCGCUAUACACCAACCACCUCCGCAACGAGCUCAGCAUCGCACGGCGCUUCUUCAGCAUCGUCAUCACCGACUCCCUCUGCUGGAUCCCCAUCUUCAUCCUCAAGGUGCUGUCCCUGCUGCAGGUCGACAUCCCAGGUACUAUCUGCUCCUGGGUGGUGAUCUUCAUCCUGCCCAUCAACAGUGCUCUGAACCCCAUCCUCUACACCCUGACCACGCGGCCCUUCAAGGAGACACUGGUCCGCGUCUGGUCCAACUACCGGCAGCAGAGGCCCCUGCUGGGGGCCCCGUCGGCCCACCACCCCUCCCUGACCUGGCAGGAGAUGUGGCCGCUGCAGGAGAACAGCCCUCCCCCCCCAACGCCCCCGGAGGUCCAGACUUACCCCCCCGAGAAGGUCAGCCUCAGCCCCCCCCGCCCCCUCCACCGGGACUCCCCAGAGAAGGUCCACCUACCGCCCCAAGACCCGGUCCAGGUCUCCCCUCCCUAUGAGGUCCACCUCGACCUCCAGCAGAACCUCCAGAUCCUUCAUCCAAACCAGAUCCAGACGACCCCCCCAGGGAACCACUCCCUACUCCUAGACCCCGUCCUAGACUCCACCUAGGCCCCAUCCAGGACCCCUCCCCACCAGGGCCACCCCCCAGGACAAGACCCCACCUAGACCCCCUCCAUGAACCUCCACACUCCCCGCCAGGUCCACCCCCCACUCCUAGACCACUACCAGACCCCCUUCAGGACACCCCCCCCCCCCCCCCCCCCCGCAGGCCCACCUUCCACUCCUAGACCCCUCCUAGUCCCCACGUAGACCCCCUUCAGGACCCCCUCCCCACCAGGUCCGACCCCCACUCCUAGACCCCUCCUAGACCCCAUCCAGGACCCUCUGCCCCCCAGGCCCACCCCAGACCCCACCUAGGUCUCUCCCUCUCAGGGACGGAGCGAUGGUGGG